AUGCCUGCACGCGUUUCCUGCUGCGUCGCCACCCUCCUCGUGAUUCACGUUUCGUUCCGAGCUCUCGGGAGUGCUGCUGAGCCGGUUUUCGAACAGCUACAGUGGAUGAGGCGAUCGCCCCACGACUUGCCCCGCGGGGGGCGGUUUAGUCGAUACUAUUUAAGAGGAGUCAGUCCUCAGGGGGCGUUGAUAGGCCUUCGUCACCGCGCGCCUGGUGUCACCAGGCCUGCGGCGCCGAGACCGUGGCCGCCUCGACCGCUGUUCAACUAUGCCUCCCGCCCGCUAUCGUCGACUAUCAGACGGUCCCUUCUUAAAGCGGAGCUCUUGACGCCUCCAGGGAGACCGGCACUUCAGAUACCGCUGAAAUUCCAGUUCACUCCCUCGUCCUCAGCACCAGAUGCCGACACAGAGUGGGCUGAUCCUCACGCGACAAAACCUGUUGCUCCAGAGGUGUUAAAAGAAGGCAAACGCCUCAUCGCUCGUGCAGUUCAGAUUGCACAGCUGAAAGCAUCUCGGCCUUCAUUCCUUGCCCUGCACGCUGCACUACCUCAACUUCCAGGAUUAGCUCGAGGUAUUCAACCGCACGGGAUUGGCGAUCCCCAGCCCCCCAACAACAUAACCGCUGUGAAAGUACGAGCCGUUUCCAACAUGCAUGAAGCACCACGGUCACGUGAAGCGGCACAACCUCUGGCGUUCAUUGAAGCCGCUACGAAGCAACGAGGCAAGUGGACUCCUGCGAUCGGUUUUCUCAACGCCGUGAAGACGCUCUGGCCCAGUGGCACAGAAGCUGUAGUAGUUGACAAACGAGGCGUUAAACAUCACAUCGUCUGGAAGAAGCUGCUGGGGGUGGGUGGCAUGGGCGGUGUGCUCCUCCUUGAAGAUAAUAACGAACCAAGUGAACGCGGCCUCAAACAAUUCGCCGGGAAGAUCAUUUAUCACCUGACUGCUCCAAACACACCGGACGCUGCAUCGGUGCGGCAUUUGAGAGAUGUUCUCAAAGAGGAAGAAGAUGUAGGGUCGCUGUUUGAGCAGGCGGCCCGCGUUCUACCCGACUGCCCGUCGUCGACGUCUGAUAUCAUGGAAUUCCUAUUCGAAAAAGGCUUCGUCCUCCCUCAAAGAAUAUUCGAAUUGAAGAGUACCACACGGGUGCCCGAUGGGGGAAAACUAUUCGAAUUCGACGCGGAGACACUGGAGUCACCAGGAGAUAUCAUGCGACUGGAUCGAUACAUCAUUGCCUAUCCGGUGGUGGGACCUGACCUCGACGCGUUGAAUGUGCGUGAUCUCGGCCGUAGCGCUUUUAGCUAUAUCGUAUAUAAGGUUACUCAUAUAAUGGCGAGAAUGCAGGAGAUGAAGCUUGUCCACUUGGACAUCAAAGCUGAGAAUUUCCUUGCUCGAAAUGAUGGAGAAUUAUUUGCUGCAGAUCUUUCCAUGGCGGUUAAAGCAAGUGCUUACCCGCCGUGCUUUCAAGGGACCAUGCAAUAUCUGGACCCAAACGCGGCAGCCUGUGCUGCUAGGGACGGCCGGCAGCCACCCAGGUUCAAAAGGGAUGCUUACGCUCUCGGAAUCACGUUCUACAAACUUAUCUGCCAAACCUAUCCUCUCAGCAUUGGGGACAUCGAGCGGGAAGCCGUCGUAUGGACAAGGUCUGACCCCACGAAUCGCAACUUCCUGAGACGCCUGAUCUCAGGUGUGUCACAACUCACGAGGGCGGACUGGAACGAUAAACGGUGCCGCGGAGCCGAUGACACUCUGUGGACGGUGAUCAAGCUGCUGCUGGAUCCGGUGGAGGAAACGAGGUGGACGGCUCUUGAUCUCGUAAAAAAGCUACCAUUCUUCAAACCUGUAGCCGAUAUCUGA